UCCUUGGGGUGCCACGCAACGUGGCUCCGCCACUGCGCGGCCGUCCCCUCAGGAAUCCCCCCGGUACUGGUUUUCUGGUUUGUUUUAGACAAGUAAAGUAACUUUCCAUUGAUUUCAAACUCUAUCCGCGUAAUUUCCUUUUUACCGCUUUGAAUCGUAUUCCUCCCAAUUUAUUAUUUAUUAUGAACCACUUUAUUCCAUUGGCAUUGGGGGACAUGAAAUGAAAUGAGAGGCUUUACCGGCCCACAGCAAGAGAUUCCUCGUCCAAUUCACGCUUAUAAAACCCGAGCCCCUUCACCUAGGGUUUCUCCAGGCAAUCUUCCUUUUUUCCAUUUCGUUGUUAGUUGCAGACCUCUCUUCCUGUUGUAAACCAUGCCUACUGUCAGCGUCGGAAGGGAUCGUCUGUUCGCUGCCCUAGGCAAAACCUACACGCAGGAAGAGUUUGAGGACCUUUGCUUUAGGUUCGGAAUCGAGCUCGACGACGUUACUACUGAGAAAGCGAUUAUUAGAAAGGAAAAACAUUUGGAAGAAGAAGAAGCUGACGAAGAUGAAGAAGUUAUCUACAAAAUUGAAGUCCCUGCCAAUAGAUAUGAUUUGCUUUGCCUCGAAGGGAUUGCUCAAGCCCUUAGAAUCUUCAAUGGGAAGCAGGAGAUACCGACAUAUAAAGUGGCUAACAUUAGCAGAGAAUCAAUGAUUAAAAUGCAUGUGAAACCAGAGACGUCUUCAAUUCGUCCCUAUGUUGUUUGUGCUGUUUUGAGGGGUAUAACAUUUGAUGAAGGAAGUUAUAACAGCUUUAUUGAUCUCCAGGAUAAGCUCCAUCAGAACAUUUGUCGGCGAAGAACCCUAGUUGCAAUUGGGACUCAUGACUUGGAUACAUUACAUCGCCCUUUCACAUAUGAGGCAUUGCCACCUUCAAAUAUAAAUUUCGUGCCACUGAAGCAGGUGAAGAACUUCAGAGCUGAUGAGCUGAUGGAGUUUUACAAAUCAGAUUUGAAACUGAAGAAGUUUUUGCACAUAAUUGAGAACUCACCAGUGUACCCUGUUAUAUAUGACCAUAACAGAACUGUCUUGUCUUUACCCCCCAUUAUCAAUAGUGCACAUUCAGCAAUCACUCUAAAGACGAAGAAUGUAUUCAUUGAAUGCACUGCCUCUGAUCUAACAAAAGCCAAGAUUGUUUUGAACACAGUGGUGACAACCUUUUCAGAAUUUUGUGAAAGAAAGUUUGAAAUUGAACCAGUUGAAGUGAUAUAUUCUGAUGGGAAGUCAUAUACUUAUCCUGAAUUAUCUGUCUACAAUAUGGAGGUUUCUCUAUCUUAUAUUACCGGUGCAAUUGGAGUCCCCUUGGAGGCUGAGGAGGUCACUAGUUUGUUAAAUCGGAUGCAAUUGCGUGCUGAGCAGUCUGUAUCAGGUGAUAACUCCACUAUUAAUGUAUCUGUACCCCCUGCUAGAAGUGAUGUUCUUCAUCCAUGUGAUGUUAUGGAGGAUGUUGCUAUUGCUUAUGGCUACAACAAUAUUAAGGAUAUUGCAGUGGCUAAGGGUUACAAUAUUUCAAAGGGAAGGGCUGUGACUUUGAAGCCACUGCGCUUGGAAGAGUUUAGUCAUCUUAUCAGAUUGGAGAUGGCAAUGUGUGGGUUUACAGAAGUCUUGUCAUUCAUUUUGUGCUCGCUUGGUGAUAAUUUUGCAAUGUUAAAUCAUGAAGACGACGAAUCAACUGCAGUAAUUAUUGAAAAUCCUCGUUCCUCUGAAAAUGAGACUGCUCGUACCAGUCUUAUGUCUGGUAUAUUGAAAACUGUUGGACAGAACAAAGCCCAUCCAAAGCCCAUAAAGGUACAAUGUAGUUCUUCAAUAGACCAUAUAUUUUUCUGUGGGUCAGUAUGCCUGUGUUUCUGUUAUUAGAUAAUAAUAUUUAUC